AUGAGCUGGAAGGGUAUCCAAAAAGCCGUCAGUCGUCUACCACACCAAAUCCUAUCCAAGAAAUCAGAAACAACCAAUGAUCAGGAAUACGCCGUAUUGGAACGACGCUUCAAUGAGUUUCAAAAGGUGGUGGAAAGAUUGGAAAAGGAUGCAGAGGCGUUUCGGGAUGCCGUAGCAGUCAUUUAUGAUCCUCAGCUUGGCGUCCAAAGCUCUGAAGGUGUUCAACGUCGGUUUCAACAAACUCCGGCAUCAGCUACUCAAGCAGCCAACGACGCUGAAGCUGCCAUGGCUUAUUGCCGAGACGAAGUAUUACCCGAAUUGGAUGCUAUCGAUCGUGAUGUGGUACGCCCCAUGCUUGAGCUCAAGGAGAUUAUGAAAACCAUUCACAAGACCAUGGUGAAACGCAAUCAUAAGAUGAUCGAUUAUGAUCGACACAGGACAGCUCUCAACAAACUCAAAGCUAAAGAAGAACGUAGCUUUAGCGAGGAGAAGCAAAUCUUCAAGGUGGAGAAUCAAUUGGAGACAGCGACACAAGAUUACGAGUACUUGAACGACAUGUUGAAGGCUGAGCUGCCAAAGUUCUUUGCCAUGAAGGCUCAAUUCAUUCAGCCAGUAUUUGACCACUUGUACUUUAUGCAAUGCAAGGUGUAUGGCAUGAUCUAUGCACGAUGCUACGAGCUUAUCAAUGCGAAUCAGAGUCACUUUAUGACACAUGCGAUGCCAAUUGAAGCUGGCUAUGAAUGGCGAAAGUCCCAACAUGACGCACGUGCCGAGCUGGAAAACCUCGAUCUGUUGAAAUCAGGCGGCAAAGCAUGGCUGAGUGUAUCAGGAGGUGCCAACAAUUCCAAACUUUCUCUCAAAGAACGUGCAGCAUUACGUGCCCAAGAGGAGCAAAAAGGUUCACCAGCAGGACCAUCAUCUUAUGGAUCAUCACCUGCUACUGGAUAUGAAGAAGGACCACCCGCUUAUGGUGCAUCUGCUGGUACCACACCUUUGGAUUCAACACCCAUGUCAUAUGGAAAGCAACCACAACAACAACAACAUCAGCGAUCGGGUUCACGUACAGGUCCAGCACCACCUCCACCACCUCCAAUUGCCAAUAAGCCAUCAACUCAAUAUGUGGUUGCCUUGUACGAUUACGAUGCACAAGCUGAAGGGGAUUUGAGCUUCAAAAGAGAUGACAAAAUUGAGCUUAUUGAAAGAACGGCUGAUCAAAACGACUGGUGGACAGGAAGAUUACGUGGUGUCACUGGCAUCUUUCCUGGCAACUACGUUUCCGAAUUGUAA